GUGGAGGGCUCUCCAAGUUUUCUUGGACUUAUGGCAGAUGGGGUCGGUGCUUUCUUGCUGGUGGAGUCUUCUGUCUUAGUGUUGCCAAUGAUGUCCGCUGCUCAUCAGCUUCAUCGUCAGCGAAUGUUGCAACAGGAGAUGGGUGAUGCAGAUGGCUGUGGUGGCGUACCGAUCACCAUCUGCUUCAAUGCAGGUGCAAACGCUGGAGACGACUCGUGGUGGAUCACAGAUGAGACCUAUACCGUGGUUGCAUGGGGGUCCGGGUACAAGGAUUUCAGCAAUAACACCAUGGAGACGUGCCUGCCAAGUGGCAAGUACACUCUCAACCUGCGCGACACAGAGGGAAAAGGGUGGGAUUACAGGACAACACUGACACUCAAGCACGCGAUGAAUAAGAUCUUUCAUGACUACUUGGACAAGUUUAUCGUCGUGUACCUCGACGAUAUUCUCAUCUUCAGUAGGACUGUAGAGGAGCACGCUGAGCACUUGAAAAUAGUGCUAGGUCUCCUGAGACAGCACCAGUACAAGGUAAACUUGGAUAAAUGCGAGUUUGGUCGCACCAAGAUCUUGUACUUGGGUCAUGAAAUCUCACCUGCAGACAAAUAUGCCAACGGGUCGUUGAGAAAUGAGGCGACGGAUGAGCAUGGUGGAUCUGAGCUGGACGGUCCUGGAAAGACCGGAGCCAGCAGCAGCGCGCCUACGACUCCCAAAAUCGACUCGUCAAUGCCGACGCCUGCUCCUGCUCCUGCUCCUGCUCCUGCUCCUGGUGCAGAAACUGAACCUGGCCAAGGUCUCGACCAGGUUCUUCCUCCCCCGAUGCAACCUGGUUUGGCUGAGCUAUCCUUCUCACCCCCCCCUGUACCUGUCGCCACGCCAUCGCCGGUUCCCUUAAUCCAGGAACAUCAUCCAAAUGACUCCACACCACCAGCACAGGUUUCCGUUCCUGGUCCAGAAAACCAGGAACAUCCAAAUGCCGCCGCACCACCAGCAGAGGUUUCCGUUCCUGGUCCAGAAAACCAGGAACAUCCAAAUGCCACCGCACCACCAGCAGAGGUUUCUGUUCCUGGUCCAGAUGGAGUGAACAGCUCAGAGUCGGACGAUGUCAUCAUGCCAGUGAAGGAGAGUGAUAGGGAUGACACUGGAACUGAAACCGGGACCGGAACUGAGACCGGAACUGGAACUGAGACCGGAACUGGAACUGUAGCUGAGACUGGUAGCAGAACUGGAACUGAGAAUGGGACCAGAGCUGGAAUUCAGAAUGGAACUGGAACUGGUACUGGAACUGAGAUUGGGACCGGAACUGGAACUGAGAGUGGAAUUGAGAGUGGGACUGAGACUAGCACUGGAACUGCAGGAGACAGUAGACCUGAUUCUGGACAAGGCGUUGGACCAGGUGCUGCCAUGCCUCCGACACGUCACAGUGAUUUUGGGUUCCCAAAUGCUACCCCUCCAAGCGGAGAAGCGUUGCAGACCAACGUCGGGCCUCCGGAAUCGCAAUCGCAUCCUCCAGCCAUUGACGUAAUUGUUGUUACGACAAAGAAUAGGAUGGCGCCCAACGAGUCAACUGUUGUGCUGGAAGUCCUGCCAAUGCAUGGCAGAGUACUCUCCGUGAACGACGUGGAUAAGGUGCUAUCCACCAUCAGCCACAACGAGCUUCAGCUGGAUCACGAAUUGGGCCCAUCAUACAAACUGCUCGAGUACAAGCUCCCACCAGAUAUAGGUAGGUGAUUCAUGACCUGACCUGACCUGACCUGACCUGACCUGGCCUCCUUGGUUACAACGCAUUAAUAACAAGA